UCAUCCUGGACACCAAUUUCACACGCCUCAUAAGUAUUCCUUUUCAACCUCUCUUCUUCAUCUCUUUACAUUUUUGCUUCCAAAAAUCCAGAUUUCACCAUCACACGUCUCAAUUCUUCUCCCAAAUCCAAGAAAGCAAAAUGGUGGCCUCAGAGAAUGACUCGAACCAUAUGAACCAAGCGGUGAGAAUGGAAGACUCGCCCGAUCCACCAUUCGAGACGACAUACAAGAGACUAUUCGACGACGUGACGGCGAUGCCGGAGGUCUCGGCAGUGGCGGAAUGCGAGCUGCCGAUGAUCGACUUGAAUGAGCUGAACGUCGGCGAGUUUUCGAGGCGGGCAUGCAUGAAGAAGAUCGCUUUAGCUUCGAAGGAAUGGGGUUUUUUCCAAGUGAUAAAUCAUGGGAUUUGUAGGGAGGUUUUGGAGAAGAUGAGGGAGGAGCAAGUGAAGCUUUUCGCUAAGCCGUUUUCCGAUAAGGCGGCCAACAAGGAUUCGAACUUCUCGGCCGGGAGUUACCGGUGGGGGACGCCGUUGGCGACGUGCCUCAGGCAGCUGUCGUGGUCGGAGGCAUUUCAUGUGUCGUUGAGCGACGUACUUGGCUCACGUGAUGUCCACAACAACCUCAGCUCAAUAAUGGAGCAAUAUGCGACGAUGGUGUCUGAAUUAUCACAGAAAUUGGUGGACAUAUUGGCAUCAGAGGUGGGGCAGAAAUCAGAAUUCAUCAAAGAGAAAUGUGUGGCAAGCACAUGCUACCUUCGGUUGAACAGAUACCCAGCUUGCCCUAUUUUCCCAGAGAUGUUUGGUAUAAUGCCACACACAGACAGUGACUUCAUCACUGUCCUACACCAAGACCAAAUCGGUGGCCUCCAGCUUGUCAAAGAUGGCAGCUGGUUUGCUGUCAAACCCAAUCCCCAAGCCCUUGUUAUCAACAUUGGGGACUUGUUUCAGGCAUGGAGUAAUAAUGUGUAUAAGAGUGUGGAGCAUAGGGUUGUGGCAAACCCUCUACAUGAAAGGUUCUCAACGGCAUACUUCUUCUGUCCAUCAUACGACACCGUUAUAGAGAGUGGUGUUUAUAGAAGCUUUAGCUUUGGAGAGUAUAGGAAACAAGUCCAAGAAGAUGUCAAGAUUUUUGGCCAUAAAAUUGGACUCCCUAGGUUUCUUCUACAAACUCAUUAAUUAGGCUCCGCCGACCAAUUGAGUUUUUGGUAUAUUAGAUUAUUCUUUUUCAUCUAUGUAUAAAUAUAUAUAUACUUGUCGAUCAAUGUUGGAAAGAGAUGUUUGCAGCUGAGGAUGUCAGUUUUUAGUAAUGAUAGUAUCGUAUACGUAGGACAAGUUGUUAGGUGGUGGUAGUUUCUCAAAAUGUUUGUAACAGUGUAGAAAUUAAAUGCAGGUUGUUGGAUAUUACUAGAUCUUAUUAGUGACAAAUUUUGUAAGAUAAUAAUACAUCUAUUCUUUGCCUCGGAAA